UUAACUGUGGUCAAGUUAAUGGCUGCCCUACCCGGGCAGCAUUUACGGGCAGCCGCUGUCACAGCCCCUGCUUCGAUAUAGAGAACGCGUCAAAACCAAGAUCUCUACACAUUUUCAUCACACGAUUGGAUUUGAAGCGCGUAAUCUUCAAAUGUACGUCUUCUGAGAGUUUCAUAACAUUUUCUGAGCGCUGCUUGGAAAAAAAUUGAAUUUUUGCAGGGUUUGAGGUUUGAGAGCUAUUGGCGAAGUCGUCUGGCUUACGCGCUGCACUUUCAUGUUUCUUUAGCCGCCUUUGGCAUAAGGAGUUGUUGUAGUGAAGGAAAAGUGCGAGUAAAGAAAAAUUUGGUCAAUUUCAGCUUACGUUGCAGAUUUUAGAGGCAGAUUCUGGAAGUUGAGCCUGUUCAUGUCUGUUAGGGCUCCAAGCGUUUCCUGAGGAGAAAAUUUGGAGCAGUAGGGUUUACUUUUCAGCUUCCGCGUGCAUUUCUGCUCUUCUCAGAACGCAGAAUUUUUAUUUGUCUGGAGUUUUUUCGGCAUCUGUAAAGGUUUUAUUUAGUGUUUGUGAGAGAUUUUGAGCUCGGCGUCAUAAACUGAAAAGUGUGCAGGAGAAGCUCGUACUUUAACAUCCGAAAGCUGCAAACUGCUAAGUCCCUGCACUGGUUCGAAGCUUCUCGUCUACCAUAUUCUGCCAUAAAGAAGUUACUGAAGCCGCACCGUGACCGUAGCGCUUGCAACAGAAAGCUAAAGGUCGGUGCCUUACAGGCUCCUUCGUAUUUGCAGCAUAAAGCUGCUGCUGCUGGAGCUUUAUUGUUCAUUCUUGUUAUUUAAAUCUAUGGCUUCCGACACAGGGAGCUGUGCUGACGGCGAGGGUUUUGUGAUUCCAACCGACAAAACUUCAUCUACUUUUCAAGAUGAAGAGAUAUCUUCCGAAAGGCGGGAUACUUUUCCAAAGUCGUUCACUUUAAGGCCAAUAGUCACCUGCUCCUCUUCGUCUGCUUCAUUUUCUUCCUCGUCUGCCGCUUCAUUUUCUUCCUCUUCUUCUUCCUCUGGUUCUCCGUGUUCCGUCUUCAGAGCUUCAAAGCCGGUGGAAAAGGCCAGCAGCACCGACAAUAUUUUGAAUACAAAUGAAGAGGAGAUUUGCACUACGCCAAAGGCAAAGGAGUACAAAAUACCAGAGCAUUUGCCAUGUCCACCUGCUCCGAGAAAGCGCAGAGUCAGUUCAAGGUUUCAUUCCGUGCCAUUGACGGGGUUUUUCAUUCCUCCGGACCUGGACUCCAUGUUCUCCAUGCAUAAAAUUCCUGUCAACAUGUAGAAAGGGAGGAUUUUACACCUUUUCUUUCUUUCCUUUUUUGUUCUAACAUAGACUUUGUUUGCUGAGGACACAGACUUUACUGUAAUCUGUAAAACCGAAAGAGAAAUAGAUAAAAGAAAUAGAGCUAACCUUAUACUGUAUAUGAUUGUGGGAGAAGAUAUGUCAGGUUGUGGUUGUGGUGUGUGUUGCAGAGCUGGUUGGGGGGUUGUUUGGUGGAAGAUUAAACAGAGAACCAAGUUUUACUAUGUAUACUGUAACAUGAAUGAAAAGCUUCUUUUGGCUUGUAUUGUAUUUUUAUUUA